AGUAGAUAGGUAAAAUAACUUUUGUACCUUUUUGAGUAAGUAUUUAGCUAUUAUUGAUGUACAUGCUCUUACUGUUGUAGACAGAGAGAGAGAGAGAGAGAGAGAGAGAGAGAAAGUCAGAGAACGAUGGAAGAAGAAGAAAAGAAAAGAAGAAGAAGCAGCAGCAGCCGUCGUCCCAGUUCGUCGUCGAUCGUCGGCGGGUCGCCGUCGUCACUAUCUAGUAAUAACAAUAACAGCAUAGAAGAAGAGAGGAUGGGAAAAUGGGCAGAACUCCCAGAAGACCUGCUUGUCCUAACUGCUGAACGAUUAAUUCUCUUGGAAGAUUUCCUCUCUUUUAGUGGAGUUUGUAGAUCGUGGCGUUCUGUUGCAAUCAACGACAAUUUCAAGGGAUCUGAACAAACCCCAUGGCUUAUGCUCGCUAAGAAAGACAAACCUGACGACCGUCAGUUUAUUAGCCUGAGAAAAGGCGGCGUUAUUCGUACAGUCAAUUUACCAGAAGCAAGGGGAAAACGAUGUCUGGAGUCUUUGGGUUGGUUGGUAACCAUAUCCCAGGACGGUGACAUGAAUCUACUCCAUCCUUUCACUCGUGUUCAAAUAAAUCUUCCCCAAGUCACUAAAAACUACCACCUGGACAGCAUGAAAAACCAUCUGAGUUUCAUACACAAGGCCGUCUUGUCUUCUCGCCCGGAGGAGAGCAACGAUUUUGUACUCGUGGUUAUAUAUGGAUGCAGCAGACGUCUUGCUUUUUGGAGACCUGAAGAUAAGUCUUGGACCGCCGUCAACGUUGGAUUAAUUUCCUUCUGUGAUAUCAACUUUUAUAAGGGACCAUGUUAUGGGGUCACAAGUAAUGGCAUGGUUCUUGCUUUCGACGUUUGGGGGCGUAACCCGACUCUGGCUUGGCACGUUGGAUAUGGACCUCGUGAAUUCAUUGGACACGGUGGGCUCAAGCAACCAUACAUAGUACAAUCUGCGGAUGUGGUACUGAUAGUAAUUCGAGUCUUUCGAGAAGCAUGUCUGUCAGUUUUUUUGGAAGACGACCACUUUGGUUUCAGUAAUAACGGUGAGUCUAGGGUUUAUUACGCGACGUGCGGAUUUAAAGUAUUCGAGGUGGGGGAAUGUGUGGAGAAAACAAGCUUAGGCGACAACGCCCUGUUCUUGGGUGACAAUUCUUCGGUCUCUGUUGUCGCAUCUAGAUUUCGAGGGAUUAAAUCUAACUGUAUAUAUUACACCAGCAAUUUUAAGCGAGGAGAAGGAAAUGACAUGUGUAUCUACGACAUGGAAGAUGGAAAUCACAGGCCUUGCUACGAAGAGGAGUCUUCCAGUCUUACUUGUCCACCGAUCUGGGUUAACCCAUCUUCUUUCUAAUCUGCUGCACUGUUACUUCUUUUGUUUUUCUGUUUGGCUUUAGGGAAGAGCACCAUCAUGUUUUGAUUAUCCUUGAUCAACAAUGUUUAAACCACCACUAAAAAUAUACUUCCCAAAGAAGCGUUGGAUUAUAUAUAUUUGUCCUGUUCAGUAA